AUGACGUCCUUCUUUUUUCUCCCUCGCUUCGGGCAAGCCAGAAAGACAAACCACAGCGAUAGAUCAACGACAGGGACGCCGCGAAAAGACGACCGACAGAAGGACGAUUUGCUGCUUGCUCGAGUGGCGGACAGAGCGCUGACAGGGCACUGCAGAGAGCUGGCUGCUGGCAGACGACUGCUUCACAUCUCUCAGGUGGGUUGGCUUCCGCAUAGAUACCUUUCUGCCAAAAGACACACAAGAUACACAGAUCCACGGCUCUGCUCUGCUUUCAUCACUUCGGGGACCUUCAACAUGACCACUCCUACACUCAUCAACCUCCCUCCUCCUCCGUCGGACCCCGUCACCCCUUCGGAGAUGGGCCCGAGCACUCCCAACUCAGGGACAACCUCUCUCUCCGCGCUGUCCACCGUAGCCAUCAAGGACGGCCACCAGGGCGCUCGCCGACCCCACAGCCACCGGCCACAUCGGUCCUCCUCCAACGCUUCUGAAACGUCCACAACGACUCUCGACGCUGAGCGCGCAGACCGCAUCUCGCGCCUUGCUGGCCUGGAGCGCCUCUCCGCUCGCACGGCUGCAGGUGGUAAUCCUCUUCACGCACACAACUCCAGCGGGCUCUCGCAAGGAGAGUACUUUGACACACAUCCUCAUAUGCUCAAGGAGCGCAGCACAGUCGGCAGUGCUAGUGCGACGGAAAGUAUAAGUCGUGGCAGUCUUGGUGGACGCACACGCACCACCUGGGCCAGCGGAAGCGACGAUGUCUACGGACAAGAUGAAACCAUAGACGAAGAGGACGUCGAUCCAGACGACGCAGAUGCACGCUCUACAGACGCCUUCAGCGACGAAGGAAACGCAAGUCUCGUUGGAUUCGGUGAGGGAGCAAACAGCACCAUCUCGGGACCGAUAUCCACCCCCGUACAACGCCUGGCUGCAGCAGGACUAAGCAGGCAGUCCUCCUCCAUGACGGGCGUCAGUAAUACUGCAGUAGCGGGCUCAAGUCCUACCUCAAGCCGAUUCUCCCACCCAAUCACACACCAGAGCCAGUCUCAGCAGCCACCACAGUCACCCACAUCUGCACCGGGCUCGCGAGCUGCAGCUGCUGUCGAUGCACAAAUGCUUGAUGGAAUGACCUACGAUGAGGACAUAGUCGACACCACCGCCCGGUCACCUCUACCCGUCAAGAGCGACGAAGAAGGUCAAUGA